GGACCUCAAUCUCACCGGACUCCUUCUUGCUGGUCAACAAUGUAUCCGUCUUCUGUGGUGAGGGCCAGGAAGAGAGCUUUUUGGAAGCCAUGGGUUAUUGGCCUCAUCACCUUUAUAUCCCUGAUUGUCCUCGCAGUGUGCAUCGGACUCACUGUUCAUUAUGUGAGAUAUAAUCAAAGAAAGACCUAUAAUUACUAUAGCACAUUGUCAUUUACAAGUGAUAAACUAUAUGGUGACUUUGGAAAAGAGGCUACUAGCAAUUUCACAGAAAUGUGCCAGAAAAUUGAAUCAAUGGUGAAAAAUGCAUUUCAAAAUUCUUCAUGGAGGAAAGAAUUUGUCAAGUCUCACAUUAUCAGAUAUAGUAAAGAGGAAAAUGAAGUAUUGGCUCAUAUGCUGCUGAUUUUUAGAUUUCCCUCUACAGAGGAUCCUGAAACCAUAAAUAAAAUUAUUCAAUAUGUUCUACAUGAAAAGCUGCAAGAUGCUGUAGGACCCCCUCAAUUACAUCCUGAAUCAGUUGAAAUAAAAAAAAUCAACAAGACGGAAACAGACAACUUUCUGAACAGUUGUUGUGGGACUCGAAGGAGUAAAACUACAAAACAGAGUCUCAGGAUUGUUGGUGGGACACAGGUAGAAGAGGGUGAAUGGCCGUGGCAAGCUAGCCUGCAAUGGGAUGGGAUCCAUCGCUGUGGAGCGACUUUAAUUAAUGGCACAUGGCUUGUGAGUGCCGCUCAUUGCUUUAGAACGUAUAAGGACCCAUCUAGAUGGACUGCCUCCUUUGGAGUAACAAUAAAUCCUCCAAAAAUGAAAAGAAACAUCCGGAGGAUCAUUGUCCAUGAAAAAUACCAAUAUCCAUCACGUGACUAUGAUAUUUCAGUUGCAGAGCUUUCUAGCCCCGUUCCCUACACAAAUUCUGUUCACAGAAUUUGUCUCCCUGAUGCAUCCUAUGAGUUCCACCCUGGUGAUGAGAUGUUUGUGACUGGAUUUGGAGCACGGAAAAAUGAUGGCAACAGUCAAAAUCGUCUUCGGCAAGUACAGGUGGAUCUCAUAGACACAAAAACCUGUAAUGAACCUGAAGUUUACAAUGAUGCCUUAACUCCUAGAAUGUUAUGUGCUGGUUCCUUGAAAGGAAAAAGAGAUGCAUGCCAGGGUGACUCCGGAGGACCACUGGUUAGUCCAAAUGCUAGAGAUAUCUGGUACCUUGCUGGAAUAGUGAGCUGGGGAGAUGAAUGUGGGCAACCCAAUAAGCCUGGUGUUUAUACUAGAGUGACUGCCGUCCGGGAUUGGAUCACUGCCCAAACUGGUAUCUAAGAGAAAAAUGUAGUAGAGUGGAGUGCAUUUUUGUUCAUAGGCCAUUCUUAGAGAUACAGAAUUGCAGAAGAAGCCUUGCAGGUCCCCUGGAUCUGACCCAAGAAUGAAACUGUCUGCCUGAUGCAUAAUUUCCAUCCUAGCUCUGCUCCACAUGUGAGCAUUCUGUUUCUGCCAGAUGGAUUCAGUCUCAGCUUAUAUUCAUUUAUUUUCUAAUUUUCUGUCAUUGAAAUUUUUGCCUUGUUGACAUAAAUUUAUCAUGCAUAUAUACAAGUUGUAGUGAUCCCUUCCU